GAGGCGGGGUUGGAUUGGGGUUGAUCUUAGAUGGUUUGCAGUUUAUGUUGAACCCACACUAUUCUUGUUGUUUAUCUUAGAUUCCCUAGACUCUGACUACUGUUAUUGCAUGUCAUUCAUCUUUUGAUUUUUAUGCUUCUGUUACUAUAAUGAUUUUUACUGGAGUUACUAAUGAAUUUUUUUUUCUUUUCUUGUUUUCCUUGUUUUUCUCUAUUUCCGUCAUUCUGAGCCGAGGGUCCAUUGGAAACAGCCUCUCUGUCCUACCAGGGCAGGUGACAGCAACCCUAUCACUUGCAGCUGCAUGCUCGUCAGCAGGAAUUGCUGUUUUGUAUUCAAAGGAUUUAAACUUCUGCAGUAGUUCAUCGCAUCUUCCAUGUGGCAGAUUCGAGCUCUCUGUUGUCUUGGCAUUCAUAACCUGGUUUCUUAUAGCCAUUUCUUCCCAUGUGAUGUUUUGGAUCCUAGCCACAGUUUAACAUUUUAAGCAUUGGUUGCCCUCACAAGAUUAUUCCAGUCGCGACCUUCAAGGACCGGUCUCUUGUAAAUCUAGUUUCACCAUCUUGUCACUGUAUCUUCCUUAGCGGUCGUACUGGAAAUUCUUCUGAACUGGUUGAUUGCUUGGAAAACCUGCCACUUAACAAUUGAACUCGUUCGAGUUCCAUUUUGAUUCGAGUGUAAAUUAUAACGUCUGAAUUGUAGUUUUUACUUGCUGCAAUUCAGUUGCAUUCAGGUCUAGGGUCUUGAUAGUUUCAGUUUAGCCAUACAUUACCUGGACAUUUGAAAACCAGAAGUUUAAUGCCAUUGGACAUUGUGCAAAAGCACAUUUCUUUCUUUUA